AUGGCUGGCAAGAAAGAAAAGGGAGUUUUACAGAACACGGCGUAUUCUUUCCCACUGCGCCACCUUGUGGCUGUUAAACAGCAGAAACUGACCUGUUACAGAUCUGGAGACUGGCAAGUCCAAGAUCGAGAUCCUGACCUGUGUGCUCCUUUGCGCCUAGGGGAGCCCGCCCAGCCUUCCAACAGCAGCUGGCCCCCAAGUGAGAAUGGGAGUGAUGCUGAGGCCACCCCGGCUGCAAACCUCACCUUCUCCUCCUAUUACCAGCACUCCUCCCCAGUGGCUGCCAUGUUCAUUGUGGCCUAUGUACUCAUCUUCCUCCUCUGCAUGGUGGGCAAUACCCUGGUCUGCUUCAUCGUGCUCAAGAACCGGCACAUGCACACUGUCACCAACAUGUUUAUCCUCAAUCUGGCCAUCAGCGACCUGCUGGUGGGCAUCUUCUGCAUGCCCACCACCCUUGUGGACAACCUCAUCACUGGCUGGCCCUUUGACAACGCCACGUGCAAGAUGAGCGGCUUGGUGCAGGGCAUGUCAGUGUCUGCUUCCGUUUUCACGCUGGUGGCUAUUGCUGUGGAAAGGUUCCGCUGCAUCGUGCACCCCUUCCGCGAGAAGCUGACCCUGCGGAAGGCCCUGGUCACCAUCGCGGUUAUCUGGGCGCUGGCCCUGCUCAUCAUGUGCCCCUCGGCCGUCACGCUGACCGUCACGCGCGAGGAGCAUCACUUCAUGGUGGACGCCCGCAACCGCUCCUACCCGCUCUACUCGUGCUGGGAGGCCUGGCCCGAGAAGGGCAUGCGCAAGGUCUACACGGCCGUGCUCUUCUCGCAUAUCUACCUGGCGCCGCUGGCGCUGAUCGUGGUCAUGUACGCGCGCAUCGCCCGCAAGCUGUGCCAGGCCCCGGGGCCCGCGUGCGCCGGCGGCGAGGAGGCGGCGGGGGAGGGCGGGCGAGGCGCGCGGCGCAGGGCGCGAGUGGUGCACAUGCUGGUCAUGGUGGCGCUGUUCUUCACGCUGUCCUGGCUGCCGCUCUGGGCGCUGCUGCUCCUCAUCGACUAUGGGCAGCUGAGCGAGCCGCAGCUACACCUGGUUACCGCCUACGCCUUCCCCUUCGCCCACUGGCUGGCCUUCUUCAACAGCAGCGCCAACCCCAUCAUCUACGGCUACUUCAACGAGAACUUCCGCCGAGGCUUCCAGGCCGCCUUCCGCGCCCAGCUCUGCGCGCCGCCGUGGGGGAGCCACCGGGAGGCCUACUCCCAGCGGGCCAGCCGGCUCCUGCGCACGCGGGUGUUCGUAGAGGUGCAGCCCAGCGACUCAGGCCUGCCCUCCGAGUCGGGGCCGAGCAGCGGGCCCCCCAGGCCCGGCCGUCUCCCGCUGCGCAAUGGCCGCGUGGCCCACCAUAGCUUGGCCGCCGAGGGUCCCGGCUGCUCCCAUCUGCCCCUCACCAUCCCAGCCUGGGACAUUUGAGGGGGAUGCGGAGCGCAGGCCUCUGAACCCGAGGGCCACGACCGCACAUGUGACACCCAGGCAUGACAGCGUCUGGUGUGGUGUUAGGAGAGGCUGCCAUAUGUCUCCCUCUCAAACACAAGGCAGUGAGCAGUUGUUCGUGGAAUCUUCUCUGUUACCUUCCCCCUCAGAAAGAGGCAGAGGAGGGGAAAGAGAGAGGCGCUGUUUCCCUGAAAGCCUCUGCAGCAGAAGCCACAGGCAUCAUUAGGCAUCGUCUCACUGAAUUCUCACACUUUGGGGAUAGGGUUUCUUAUCCCCCUUCUGGGCCUUCCCUGGUGGCUCACUGGUAAAGAAUCGGCUUGCCAAGUAGGAGAUGCCAGUUGAAUCUCUGGGUUGGGAAUAUCCCUGGAGAAGGAAAUGGCAACCCACUCCAGUAUUCUUGCCUGAGAAAUCCCACGGACAGAGGGGCCUGGCAGGCUACAGUCCAUGGGGUCGCAAAAGAGUUGGACACAACUUAGCGACUAAACAAUAACAUACCCCCUCUACGGGUGCAAAACUGAGGCUGGAAGAGGAGAUGAGACUAGUCUGUCUCUCAUCUAGAGCCUGCAUGACUCCAGUGCCUGCCUGUCUGGUUUUGACCAUCUCCAGCUGCCUCCAGAAGGGCCCCUUAGGGCGGAGCACAGUGAAAAAUGUGAACUCUAAUUAAACAUUUGGGAAGAAAUGAAAAGCAAAGCUGGUCUGUCUGUCCAUCUGAUGCUUGGUGUCCAUGUCCUGGAGUCUCCUAUAUAUGAUUGAAGCCACUCCCCUGAUCCCUUCCCAAGAGAACACAGUGUGUUCUGUGUAGGUCUGUCUUGUUUGUUUCAAGAAGUGUUCAGGGCCAUUCUCUUCUCCCCAAAGUACCAUUAACAGGACGUCACGCCUGAGCAUGAGCUCUAUAAAGAAAGCUGAGCACCGAAGUAUUGACGCUUUUGAACUGUGGUGUUGGAGAAGACUCUUGAGAGUCCCUUGGACUGCAAGAAGAUCAAACCAGUCAAUCCUAAAGGAAAUCAGUCCUGAAU